CACACGUCGACGACACCGCGCGUCGACGCGACCGCGAGGAAGCGUCGAAGCGCGAGGAAACGCGACUCGCGAGACGCGCGCGACCGGCGAGAGACGCGCGCGACGACGCACGGCGCGAGAAUCGCGGGAUCUGCGGCGCGAUUGGCGAUCGAAUCGGAUCGAAUCUCGAGCGACGACGCACGGCGCGACGAUGGCGGGAUGCGCGAAGAUGACGGUGGCGGUGCUGAAGGAGGAACUGAAGAAGCGCGGAUUGGACGCGACGGGGCUGAAGGCGGCGCUCGUGGCGCGAUUGGAGGAAGCGAUGGCGGGCGAGGACGACGGGGCGGCGGCUGAGGCGGCGGCGCCGGAGGAGGAAGAGGCGAAGGAAGAGCCGAAGGAAGAGGCUGGGGAGGAAGAGGACGUGCGAGCGAAGGCGGAGGAAAUGGCGGAGAAGGCCAUGGCGGAGCACGCGGCGAGCGAGAAGAAACGCGAGCGAUCUCCCGAACAAGACGACGCGCCUCCGGAGGCGAAGAGCGCGAAGUCGGACGGCGAACACGCCGCGGCGCCGAGCUCGGCGCAGGGUGGCCUGACCAAGGAUGGGCAAAAUCUCGCCACGUAUGAGAUGCCGGACGGUCAAGUGCGCAAGGACGUGCCGACGCAAGGCAACGAAGGGCGCAUCAUCGGUCGCGGCGGCUCAAAGAUUCGUGAAUUACAAGACAUGUUCCGAACGCGCAUCACCAUGAACCGACCGGCGGGUUUGGCUGAAGUUGUCGGUAUGUUGGAUCACGUGAACGAUUGCUGCGACGAAAUCACUCGUAUUGUCGAGGACGGUAACGUCCGCGAAGCUGCCGAGCGCGCGGGUCAGCCCGUCCCGGGCGGCGCCUAUAGCUCGUACGGUGGCGGCGGCUUCGGCGGCGGCGGCGGCGGCUUCGGCGGCGGCGGCUUCGGCGGUGGCGGCGGCGGCGGCGGCGGCGGUCCUUUCAGCGGCCAUAUGGAACGCGUCCCGUGCGAAGGUCAAGAGGGGCGCAUCAUCGGCCGCGGCGGGGAAAAUAUUCGUCGCGUCGAGUCCCAAACCGGCACUCGCAUCAAGAUGAACCGCGUCGACAACGUCGCCGAAGUGUACGGUACCCCGGCGCAGUGCACCGAAGCCGUGCGCAUGAUCCAAGAGUACAUUCACACCGCGCCGAACCGCGGUGGUGGUGGCUUUGGCGGCGGCGGGUUUGGUCAACAAGGCGGCUACGGCGGCGGGUACCAGCAGCAAAGCUUCGGCCAGCAAGCCGGCUACGGCGGCGGAUACCAGCAGCAAGCCGGCUACGGCCAACCGGCGUACGGCGCCCCGGCGGGCGGUGCGCCGCUCCCGCACGGCUGGGAGGAAGUCAACCCGGGUAACGGUGGGCCAGUGUAUUAUUGGGACACGGUUUCGAACACAACGACCUACACUCGCCCGACGUGAAGCGUUUACCAGCCCAGCCAGCCAACCGGUAGUUGCGACUUAGACACGGCGGUUUCUACACAAAGGAAUCAUCUUACGUUCUUCGUGCCUACACAAAACAAUCUUACAGUCGUACCGAAUCAUCGUUGAAGCGAUGUGAAGCGAUCGCAUUAAUAAAACU